AUGUCUCAGCGAUUUGCCCGGGCAGAUUUGAGGACAUUCAAGCUUUUUAGGUCGUUACAAGUACCCAAUUUGCCUACACCACCCCAAGCAUCUUCACGACACUUUCUCUCAACAGCUCGUCGCCAGCUAAAAGUCAACCAAGGAGAGAAGAGGAAAGACAUCCGUUGUUUAUCGUAUUAUGCUCGCCUAACCCACCGCAACAAUGGCUCCGUGUCCCAACUCACACAGGCCAACGAAGAUCACAUUCGAUGCAUACAACCGCGACCGAAGCGACUGGUCGUUGGUAUCACCGGCGCCACUGGCACGCCCUUUGCAAUCCGCCUGCUUCAAAUACUGCGUGAGAUUGGUGUCGAGACGCACUUGAUCAUGAGCAAGUGGGCGCUCGCGACAUUGAAAUACGAAACGCCCCUCAGCGAGAACCAGAUUCGCGGUCUAGCGCAUACCAACUACACUGCGCGGGACAUGUCGGCACCGAUUGCGUCUGGAUCGUUUCAACAUGAUGGCAUGAUCAUCGUGCCAUGCAGCAUGAAGACACUGGCAGCUGUACGAGCUGGGUUUGGAGACGACCUGAUAUCCCGCGCCGCGGAUGUUACACUCAAAGAAGGCCGGCGGCUGACGCUUGUUGUGCGAGAAACGCCACUGAACGACAUCCAUCUCGACAACAUGUUGUUUCUUCGACGAGCCGGGGCUGUAAUUUUCCCACCCGUGCCUGCGUUUUAUUCGCGACCGAAGACCUUGGAGGAUAUCAUUGACCAUAGUGUCGGUCGGAUGCUAGACUCACUGGGCUUCCACAUCGAUAGUUUUGAAAGAUGGGAUGGAUUUCGAAAAGACUAG